AAACCCUAAAACUAAACACAACUCACAUUCUCAUCUUCGCAAAAAAAAAAGGACUGCGGGCUGGGGCUGCUUCCAUCGCGCCGCUGAUCCGAACACAACCCUCCUCCGCCAGCUUUUCCCUCCUCCGCCGUCCUCGCCCUCCUCCGAUGACCUCGCCGACUCGCCCUCAUCCGCCGGCCUCCGCUGACCUCGCCGGCUCGCCCUCAUCCGCCGGCCUCCACUGUCUGAGGAGUAUUUCAGCCGCUGCAAGCCUGCAACUUCCCCUUCCCCUCUGACGGUAAGCUUUUCCUUCUCCCACUCUCUCAAUUUAACUAGCCGCAAUGGGAAGCUGUCGACCUCUAGAAAGGAAUUUGUUUGAUUUCUCAAAGUUGUUUGAUACAAAUGUAAACAAUUGAAGUGUGGGAAUUUCGGAUACAAUACAAUAGCUAGAAGAAAGAGAAGAAGAAGUUUGGAUACAAUUUCACAUGUAAACAGCAUCCGCCAUUUCAAUUGUUAAUUUCAGGUACCAAUGGAAAGAUAUUACUCAAGACAAGUCCAAUCUACUCCUAAUGUUCAAACUGAAGGUGUUGAAGCUAGUGGGAGUAGACAAGCUCAAACCUUUCCUCCUUCGUCGAUAGUGGGAGCUCCUCAAAUACAAGAACCAAAUCUUUCAGGUUUAGUCAAUCGAACUCCAGAAGAAAGUGAGUCUUUCUCAGCAGAGUCAGAUAGAGAGUUUGAUGAAAACUCUUUGGUGCUAGAUCCGGCAUUAAGAACUAAGAUAUCUAGCUUUCAUCCCAAUGUCUGUGACUAGGUUAGAAGAUUUUAUCUUCAAAAAGGUCCUAUUCAACCAAAGAGUCAUGCUUUUCCCGCCAGAAACUUUAGUGGAAGGCAACGUAGAUUCCAGGCUUCUUGGUUUAAGAAGUAUAAUUGACUUGAAUAUAGUGUCUCAAAAGAUGCUGGUUAUUGUCUAUAUUGCUAUGUGUUCAGUAAGCGAGGUGGGAGUAAUAAUGGCUUUAUUGGUGAAGGAUUUAGAACAUGGAAUAAAUUGAAAGCUUUUGAUGAUCAUGUUGGGGAGCAUAACAGCUACCACAAUAGAGCUAAAAACAGUUCAGAUCUUUUAUUGAAGCAAUCAAGAGGAAUUGAAGCUGCAUUAUUUAGACAAUCAGAUCAAGCCAAAAGAGAUUAUCGAAUUCGUUUGGUUGCUUCACUUGAUUGCAUAAGGUGGCUAGUAGUGAAUGGAUUAUCUUUUCGAGGGCAUGAUGAAUCUACAACUUCAAGUAACAGAGGUAACUUUCUUCAGCUAUUAGAUUUUCAUGCUCUUGGUAGAGAAGAUGUGCAAAGAGUGGUUGGGAGGAAUGCUCCAACUCACCUCUCCAAAGAUUCAAAGAGAUCUUAUUCAUGCCAUGGCUUGUGAAACGACUAAGAAAAUCAUUGUAGAGAUUGGGGAUAAUUUUUUCUGCAUAUUGGUUGAUGAGACUCGUGAUAUAACAAUGAAAGAGCUGAUGGCUAUUGUUUUGCGUUAUGUGAAUUCUUAUGGUUGUGUUAUGGAAAGAUUUCUUUGUACUUCUCAUGUGCGAAAUACUAAAGCUUUGACAUUGAAGAAGGAAAUCGAAGCAAUGCUUUUGAAACAUGGAUUGAGCAUGUCAAUGAUAAGGGGACAAGGCUAUGAUGGAGCUAGCAACAUGAAAGGGGAAAUAAAUGGUUUGAAGACCUUGAUCUUGGCAAAAAAAUCACAAAGAAGUUGGUGACUUUUUCACAACAGUCAAUAGUGUGACUAGUUUGGUUGCAGGGUCUUCCAAACGAGCUGACAUGGUUCGAGAUAGCCAAACUAGGAAGCUUGCGGAGGCUAUAGCUGCUAAUGAACAAGAAACUGGACAAGGACUGAAUCAAGAAAUGAGUCUCAAAAGGCCAGGUGAUACUUGUUGGGUUUCUUAUUAUGGUGCACUUCUCAAUUUUGAGCACUUGUUCUCUACUAUUAUUAAUGUGUUGGAGAGAAUCGAGGAUGAUCCAACUACAGAACCAAAAACAGCGAGUCAUGCAUGGCGGAUGUUGAUUACAAUUCAAGAUUUCAGGUUUGUCUUCAUUUUGAAAUUGAUGAUUGAAGUGUUAGCAAUUACGAAUGAGUUGUCACUAGCAUUGCAAAGGAGAGAUCAAGACAUUGUAAAUGCUAUGAAACUUGUUCGUGUGGGAAAAACUAGAUUACAAGAGAUGAGAGAUCGAGGAUGGGAGUCUCUACUUGAGGAUGUUAUCUUGUUUUGCACUAAGGAAUCUGUUCACGUUCUUGGCAUGGAUGAUGAGUAUGUUCUUCCAGGACGAUCAAGGCGCAAGGCUCCACAGAUCACAAACUUGCAUCACUAUCAGGUUGAAUUGUAUUACUCUGUUCUUGAUAUGCAGCUGCAAGAGUUGAACAACCGUUUUGAUGAGGUGAAUACUAGGUUGUUGACUUGUAUGGCUUCUCUUAGCCCGGAGAAUGAGUUUGCUGCUUUUGACAGGGAGAAGCUGGUUAGUCUUACUCGAUUUUAUCCUACAGAGUUUGGUCAUCUUUCUGACUCUUUUCUUCUAAGGGACUUUGAGAAUUACUAUCAUUCUAUGAAGAAUGAUGAGUUAUUCCAUGGAUUAAAAGGAAUUGAUGAAUUGUGUCAGCUGAUGGUGAAGACAAAAGUGAAUCUAUCAUAUCCAUGGGUACAUUUGCUUCUCAAAGUUGUAUUGACUUUACCGGUUGCAACUGCAAGUGUUGAAAGAGCAUUUUCAGCUUUGAGUUACAUCAAGAACAAGCUUCGGAAUCGACUAGGCGAUCAGUUUGUGAAUGAUUGUCUCGUAGGAUAUAUUGAAAGAGAUUUGCUGAAUACUGUAGACACGGAGUGUAUUUUAGAAUAUUUUCAAAAUAUGAAAACACGACGUGGAAAUUUGUUGUAACUUGUAUUAACCAAAUAUUUGUGUUGUUGAAUAUUAUUCGGAUACUUUUCUUAUUUAAGAAUUAUUUUAUUUUAUUUUUAAUUUUAUUUUGAAAGCAGACACCCCUACUCAAAAUUCCUGGGUCCGCCACUGCAUCGGCUGCCUUGUUGUCCAUCCACUGCUAUACAAAAACCUCAGGAAACGGAAGACGAAAGAGCUGAUGAGGUGGUGGAGGAAGAGGUGGUGUGAGUGUUGGACGAUAGUAUGAUGGUCGGCGUGAUGUGCAAGGAGUUGACAAUGAAGGCAAGCAAGGGUAUACUGGGCCUGGGGGAGAAAAACAACAUAUUCCGACAUUCCCAAAAACAAAAAGCAUAGUAAAACCCAAUUGGUUAUAGUGUCAUCAUUGGUAUGGAAGAUAAGAUCUCACCAUAGUAAAGAGAAAUGUUGAAUAUCUGAAUACCCCAUUGAUUGAAUGCCUAAAAGAUGGCGAAGCUGUACAUCAACGUGACAACGAACGAAAAUAUGUUCUAGCAACUCUUCUUUCUCAUAUUCACAAACUGGACAAAUGUCCUCCACCAUAACACCGUGACAUUUAAGGUUCUCUCUAACCGGAAAUAUACGCUAAAGAAUACG